CAUGGCUGGCUGGCCGGCUGGGGGCGGGGCCGGGGUCUAGCUCCGGGCCUCCGCGGCCUUCGCUUCCUGCGCGGUCCCUUCUGCUCGCCCGCUCCCCGCCCUCCCGGGCCGAGUGGGGCCGGGUGGCGUACGCAGCCUCGCCCCGAGGGACACCGCAGCUUCAGGGGCUGGGUCUCCAGCGCAGCGCAAUGUCAGGCACCGCGACAGCUCUGUGAGUUCGAGGCCGCGGCCGUGGCGCUGGGCGGCGGCGGGUCCGGGCCGAGGCCGCUCAUGGUGCCGCCACGACACCAUCGCGGGGCAGGAAGGCCAGGUGCGCUGAGUUCUUCACCUCCUUUUAGACUAAGAUCUGCCAAGUUUUCAGGCUUUGCUCUUGAAGAUCUUAGAAAGGCCUUUAAAGUAAGACUGCAAAUGGUGUGUGUAUUUAUCAUGAACCGGAUGAAUUCCCAGAGCAGUGGUUUCACUCAGCGCAGGCGAAUGGCUCUUGGGAUUGUUAUUCUCCUACUUGUUGAUGUGAUAUGGGUGGCAUCCUCAGAACUUACUUCGUAUGUUUUUACUCAGUACAACAAGCCAUUCUUCAGCACCUUUGCAAAAACAUCUAUGUUUGUUCUAUACCUUUUGGGCUUUAUUAUUUGGAAACCAUGGAGACAACAGUGUACAAGAGGAUUUCGAGGAAAGCAUGCUGCUUUUUUUGCAGAUGCUGAAGGUUACUUUGCUGCUUGCACAACAGAUACAACUAUGAAUAGUUCUUUGAGUGAACCUCUUUAUGUUCCUGUGAAAUUUCAUGAUAUUCCAAGUGAAAAACCUGAGAACACAAACAUUGAUACUGAAGAAACUCCCAAAAAGUCUCGUGUAAGGUUCAGUAAUAUCAUGGAGAUUCGGCAGCUUCCAUCAAGCCAUGCAUUGGAAGCUAAAUUGUCUCGCAUGUCAUAUCCUACUGUGAAAGAACAAGAAUCCUUAUUCAAAACUGUGGGGAAGCUUACUGCAACUCAAGUAGCAAAAAUUAGCUUUUUUUUUUGCUUUGUGUGGUUUCUGGCAAAUUUGUCAUAUCAAGAAGCACUUUCAGACACACAAGUUGCUAUAGUUAAUAUUUUGUCCUCAACUUCUGGACUUUUUACCUUAAUUCUUGCUGCAAUGUUUCCAAGUAACAGUGGAGAUAGAUUUACUCUUUCUAAACUAUUAGCUGUAAUUUUAAGCAUUGGAGGUGUUGUGCUGGUAAACUUGUCAGGGUCUGAGAAAUCUGCUGGAAGAGAUACAAUAGGUUCUAUUUGGUCUCUCGUUGGAGCCAUGCUCUAUGCUGUCUAUAUUGUUAUGAUUAAGAGAAAAGUAGACAGAGAAGAUAAGUUGGAUAUUCCAAUGUUCUUUGGUUUUGUAGGUCUGUUUAAUCUGCUGCUCUUAUGGCCAGGUUUCUUUUUACUUCAUUAUACUGGAUUUGAGGACUUUGAGUUUCCCAAUAAAGUAGUAUUAAUGUGCAUUAUCAUUAAUGGCCUUAUUGGAACAGUUCUCUCAGAGUUCCUGUGGUUGUGGGGCUGCUUUCUUACCUCAUCGUUGAUAGGCACACUUGCACUAAGCCUUACAAUACCUCUGUCCAUAAUAGCUGACAUGUGUAUGCAAAAGGUGCAGUUUUCUUGGUUAUUUUUUGCAGGCGCUAUCCCUGUAUUUUUUUCAUUUUUUAUUGUGACUCUCUUAUGCCAUUAUAAUAAUUGGGAUCCUGUGAUGGUGGGAAUCAGAAGAAUUUUUGCCUUUGUAUGCAGAAAACAUCGAAUUCAGAGGGUUCCAGAAGACAGUGAGCAGUGUGAGAGUCUCAUUCCUAUGCACGGUGUUUCUCAGGAGGAUGGAGCUAGUUAGCUGUUGUCUGUAGUCCAGCUUGAUAAUGGAACAUUAUGCAGCGAAGAGACAAUCUCUGGCAAGAUUUUGUAGAAAAUGUUUCAGUGCCUAGUCUGAAAAAUAACAGUUUCAGUUCUUUGGAACUCUAAAAUAUAUUUUCCUCAUAUCUGUUUUCUUCAUUUCAUAAUGAAGUACUUUGCUAUGUAGCUGUGUACAUAUCAUUACAGUUAUAGGAAGUUCCAAUCCAUAGUCCCUCUAAA